UUCUUACCGCCAGGAAGUUCUUUCUUCCUUUCAAAUGUUUUAAACAGAGCUGUCUGAAAGGAUGUCGCAAUCAGGCGGGGCAAUCUUGGUUUCUGCUGCUGUAGAGAGCCAUGGAUUCAAAGGGCUUCCUGAGGGCGAGAACUGUUCAGCAGCGGAAUAUGUCGCCUCAGAUCGGAGUGUGGCGUUUCAGGAGUCAGUCAGCAGGACACAGAGCCACCCAAGGACCGACACUCCUCCCCCUUCUCGGUGAAGUGGCUGGCCACCCUUGGGAAUCACCAUUCUAGCCAGAGGCGGUGAAUCCCACGGCUGAAAAGAACUUGAUCCCAUCCAGAAUCACCCGGAGCGACGUCACUGGCGAACGGGGCAGGCCGCCUUCACUUUCCCUGAACCACACACUUCUGGAUAGACGACGGUUGCCUCCAAGUUCAACCCUUCUUCGUCAGGAAAAGCAGGAGUGGAAAAGAGAGCCCCUUCCUCCCUCGUCUGCUCGCCUUUCCCCCCAGGGAGCCCCUUUCUCCUGCCUCCCUCGAGGAAUUCUCUCCAGCCUCUGGGCUUGGCUGCUGCGUAAAAGCGCACAGAGCGCCUCUCCUGCUGCUGUGCACCCCGGUGGAUUUCUCUCACACACGCUCACACACAGACACUCUCACACACCCUAGUAGAAGAGAAGAGCCCUUCCUUCCUCGUCUCCGCGUCCCUUUUUUCUCAGGAGCGCCUUUGCCUUGCCUCCGUCGAUGAAGGCUUCUCUCCCGCUGAGCUUGGUUGGUGCGUAAAAGCGCACAGAGCGCCUCUCUCCUGCUGCUGUGCGCCCCGGUGAGUUUCUCUCUUUCUCUCUCUCACACACAUAGACAGACACUCUCACACACCCUUAGUAGAAGAGAGGAGCCCUUCCUUCCUCGUCUCCGCGUCCCUUCUCUCUCAGGAGCCCCUUUGCCUUGCCCCCGUCGAUGAAGGCUUCUCCCUGCUGAGCUUGGCUGGUGCGUCAAAGCGCACAGAGCGCCUCUCUCCUGCUGCUGUGCGCCCCGGUGAGUUUCUCUCUCACACACUUACACACAGACACUCUCACACACCCUGUUAGCAGAGAGGUGCCCUUCCUCCGUCGUCUCCGCGUCCCUUCUCCCUCAGGAGCCCCUUUGCCUUGCCCCCUUCGAUGAAGGCUUCUCCCUGCUGAGUUUGGCUGGUGCGUCAAAGCGCACAGAGCGCGCCUUUCCUGCCGCCGCGCGUCCUCGGUGCCUCCUGCGCCUCUUUCCGCGGCUGCCCGGGGCUGACCUUCGCCUUUCCGACGCCUUCUUCCUCCUCCUCCUCCUCCUCCCUUCGGGGCUCUUGCAAGGCGCCCUCCCGGAGGCGCGGAAGGGCUGGCGAGGCGAGCCUCCUCUUCUGGGCUCCAGGCAUGCAGGGAGCGCUGUGAGAUCACCCGGGUUAUAAAUAUCUCCGUGCCGCCGCCACUGCGCUCCCCGGCCGCGCUCCCCCUCCAACGGGUUGACGAUGCCUUCCUCCCGAAGCCACCCCGGGGACAGGAGCCUCCCGCGCCGCCGCAAAAUGCCCAGCGCGUCCCUCCCGCUGGAAGGAUGAGCCCGUCCCUCUGCCUCCUCUGCCUUCUCCUCUUCCUCAGCCACCUGAUCCUCGUCGCUCGGGCGCAACCGGAGACGCCGCCGCCGCCGCCGCCACAGCCCCCGCGCAGGGCAGCCCUCCGAGACGCGGCGCUCAGGCUCCGGAGCAAGGGGCGCAACGCCACCGCGGGGGCCUCCUCGCCUGCCUCCUUGUCCGCCCCUUCCUCUUACUCGUCCCGCUCCGGGGAAGUUGCGGGCAGCGGCUCCGAGAGGGGUAGCUUCCAGUGGAGCCCCUCCGGGCGCAGGACCGGCAGCCUCUACUGCAGGGUGGGCAUCGGCUUCCACCUCCAAAUCCACCCCGAUGGGCAGGUCAACGGCUCCCACCAAGGCAGCCUGCUAAGUAUUUUGGAAAUAUUUGCUGUGUCUCAGGGGAUUGUAGGAAUACGAGGAGUUUUCAGCAACAAAUUUUUAGCGAUGUCAAAAAAAGGAAAACUCCACGCAAGUGCCACAUUUACAGAAGACUGCAAGUUCAGGGAGAGGUUCCAGGAGAACAGCUAUAACACCUAUGCCUCAGCCAUCCACAGGACUGGGAAAACGGGAAGGGAAUGGUACGUGGCCUUGAACAAACGGGGCAAAGCGAAAAGGGGCUGCAGCCCCCGGGUCAAACCGCAGCAUAUUUCCACGCAUUUCCUCCCGAGAUUCAGACAGACUGAACAGCCGGAAUUGGCUUUUACGGUCGCCGUCCCCGAAAAGAAAAAGCCACCUGUCGUAAUCCCAGCAAAGCCAAAGGUUUCCUUGCCGGUGCCUCGGAAAAACUCUCCUCCCGUCAAAUACAGACUCAAGUUUCGCUUUGGAUAGUAAUCACUGAACUCUGAAACCAAGGAAUGUCAUUUCUUUUCCUUUUCAGGAGCUGCUGCUUAAAUUUGAUUAUUCCAUGGUCCAGAACAAUGGUGGGUGAGACCCAACAAGGCACCCAGCUCCAUUCGGAGAUCCUGCUGGAAGAUUCAUAAUCCUUUGAAAUAUUGACCUCUAAACUGAAUUUUUUUGGGGAGGGAAAAGAGUAUAAUUCUUCAGCUACGCAAUGGGGAAAGGCACCAGAGGAGUUCGAAAGGAUGGGAAGGCAUUCAGGGGACGAGGGUUGCCUUAAUUUUUCAACCUCAUCUUUCUGCUUUCCAGUUCUGGGCAUGAGUUUUCCUCUCUUGACUUUACAUGGCUGUUCCAGAUAGGUGAACAGAUUCUUUUAAGAUGUGAAAGAUUACCUCAUACGUUGCAUUUUUUCUUUAUUCUGACUUCUACUGGUUUUAAUUGUUUUCUUAAUUGUGUUUGUUGUUUUUAUUUGGUGAGGAGAGGAAGGAAAUUGCUCAUGUCAUUUUUGUUUUUCCCUCCUAUCACAUUUUUGCUGCACUUUUAAGAAAGAAAGAAAAACAAAUGAAAAUACCUCAGGCAAAUGGAUAGUUGUGGGUGGAUUCACACAGCUGGUGGUCUAAAAAUUAAAGAAUUUUGAUAGGAGAAAUAAAUAAUGAUGCAAUACAUAUGUCAGACUGGAAAGGUCCUGUGGGAUUGUGAAAUGGACAAAGUUUGUACUUUUACAUUUAACAGCCCUUAGUCCUGAUCCAGUGAAGUCCAAUGUCUCUGCAAAGUUUUUUGUGGACACUGUCCUCAUAUUUGUGUGAAUGCAUUGUACCAGUCAUCAAAUUCUAGAUGAAAGCAAAAUUUAAAACCAGUUUGAUGUGUGGGUGGGUGAUUCUCGACAGUCAAAACAUUGAAGCAGUUUAAAAGGAAGCCAAAACUGUUUUGAUUAGCAAUAUUCCAUGGAAGAGGCGGUGGUGUUACGCAUCUCCAUUUCAUAGGCAUCAUAGUAGAUGGAGUGGCAGCUGGUGGCUUUUAUAUCAAUAGAUGGGAAAGUUGAUCUGAAGUUUAGUCUGAAUUUUAAAGGAAGAAUCCAAGGAAUGGAACUGUUUCUUUCAACAGCUGGAUUGCUCUUUUGAAAUUGGUUUUGUGGGGAAGAGGAGGUUACUGUUUGCUCUGCAUUUUCUGGGAUGAAAUCUCAGUUGAGAUUACAGUACAGUCAGUCCUCCACUUUGGCUGGAGUUAGGGGCACAAGAUUGCUAUGAAAGUGAAAGCCCAUAAAUAGAAAAUAAUGUUUUUUUUAAAAAAUCUGAGUGAAUACUUGUCUAGGAAAUCGUAGGUCCUUCAGCAUGACUCUGUGGUCAACAUCUGCUGGAAACCAACUGUCUUGCUGGAGGACCUAGAGAUUUCUAGAAAGAACAUUUUAAUCAAAUCUGCAAAAGUCAAACCUGCAAAUACAGAGGGCUGACUGUACAGCUCCCAGUAUAUCUUUGCCAGCAUGGGACACAUCUAUACUGACCACUUAAGUUAAUUUCAAACUAGUAUUUAAGGAAGUGUUUUCUCUGCAGAUGUUUUCAUAGGAAAUCCUGGAGCCAGUUGGAGGCCUGGACGGUGAUUACACAAACCACAGAGCACUGAUGUAUAUUAAAGACUUUAUUAAAGUGCUUUUAUGGGCAUUUGUUGUCUAGCCACCACAGUUUGGAGCUAGUUUUGAACUGCAUUAAAUGGUCCAUGUAGAUGGGACCAAUGUCAUUUGGGGAACUGUCAUCCAAAACGUAAUCUUUUCAGGCAUUAGAGUCCUCUUCAGUAUACCUACUUUGCUCAUCUGCAUCUGAAAAGACAGUAAAGUAUUUACCACACUACACAUGUGCAUAUAACCCCUGAAUCGAAAUCAUAAUUAUUUCUGAGACAAAUCAGGUUAUCAUACAGACACUGGAUUCCAAAUAAACAUGUCUGGAUGUUUUUUUCCUAACCUAUCUGAAAAAAAGAAAGAGUGGGAUGCAAAGGUUUUCUUUUUAGAUAUAAUUUACCAGGACUGACUCAUAACAUUUCAUUAUCUGAAGCAAAACAGCAAACAACAAAGUUAACAUACAUACAUGUCAAUUAGUAUAUCCAUGCUAAACAGUUAUAACAUUUCAACCACUGUGGAAUCCUGAGAUUUGUAGUUUCAUGAAAUUGUCCAAUUUUUUUGUCAGUCAGUUCUAAUGCCAUAUUUAGUGAAUGUACUAGACAAUUUCAAGUAUCCCACCAGACUACAAUCCCAAGCUUUUGUAGGAUGGUAUCCGUGGCAUCCAACUGAAGUAUGAAGUGUGGAUGUAUCCAAGAUGUGUAAUACCCUUCUGGCACUGAUCAUUUUGCCACUGCAUUCAAAGAAUCUCACAAAUACCUGGCAGUAAAAACAAAAUCAUAAUAGAACAGAUAAUAAACAAUUUGCUAUCAUCUCACGAGAUGCCAAAUUUGCUGUUUAGCAGUAAAGUCAGCUGUAGAAGAGCCCCUGAUGUGUGUUCCUAUGUAUGUUGAACAUUUUGCAGAAAGAAGAAGAAUAGGGCAGGUAUUGUACCCAAGAGCUCCAUGAAGAUGUUAGCAUUGGAAACUUUGGGAUGUGUAUAAGCCCAUGUGGCAUUGUGUACCUCCUUCUUUAUCACUGUGCAUUUUUAAAGGUUUGAUUCCAAUUCAAUUUUUUACAGACAUGCCUGACUUUGAAUCCUGUGCCAUAAAUUUAAUCUGCUCUA